AUGAAGUACAUUCAAACUGACCAAGUGUUGGACAUUCCACAAGGUGUUACCGUUAACAUCAAGUCCAGAAUUGUAAAGGUUACUGGUCCAAGAGGUUACUUGGAAAAGAACUUGAAGCACGUCGAUGUUACUUUCAACAAGGUCUCCGACAGACAGCUCACUAUCACUGUCCACAAUGGUGACAAGAAGCACGUUGCCGCAUUGAGAACUGUCAAAUCUUUGGUUAGCAACAUGAUCACUGGUGUUACUAAGGGUUACAAGUACAAGAUGAGAUACGUCUACGCGCAUUUCCCAAUCAACGUUAACGUUGUUGAAAAGGAUGGUGCUAAAUUCAUCGAAAUCAGAAACUACUUGGGUGACAAGAAGGUCAGAUCUGUGCCAGUUAGAGAAGGUGUCACUGUUGAGUUCUCAACCAACGUAAAGGACGAGAUCGUCUUGUCCGGUAACUCCAUCGAAAACGUCUCUCAAAAUGCUGCCGACAUUCAACAAAUCUGUCGUGCCAGAAACAAGGAUAUCAGAAAGUUCUUGGAUGGUAUCUACGUUUCCGAAAAGGGUCUCAUUGAACAAGAUUAG